AUGGAGGAUGUCAAAGCCGACAGCUUCUGCUUCGGCGCAGCCAUCUCUGGUCACGAGCUCUACAUGCUGGAGGUGAACCAAUUCGCGAAGGGCACCAUCGUCAAAUGGAGCCGCUUUGUAAGCCGCCUCCGAAGCCGCGCACUAUGGCACGUUCAUGGUAUGCUCUUAUGGUUGCUGCAGCGACCGGCGCUGCGGUACGUUCCCUUUCCCUACCCGAGCGUGGGAACGGUUUCUCAAUGGAAGAUGCAAGCCGAGCAGAUGGUUUCGCUUCGAUGCCUACCACAACGGCACGUAGAUCGAGCUCUACGCCAUGGGAGCUUCACGAUGAAGAACUUGGCCGACGCGACCUGGCUUCGAAACCGGCUGGGCAUCAAGCACAGCUUCAUGGAGAACCCGCUCUUGGAAGGAAUGCUGGCAGCAAGAGCCAGCAAGGGACUUGCGUCAAAGAUGAAGCGAGAAGCCAUGGCAGAGGCGCAGAAGCAGGCGGACCUGGAAAUCGCCGAGGGCAAACAGGAAGAGGCUGCAAGAGCUCUACUUGGUCCUCGCGGUGGUCUUCCUUCACUUCGAGCAGACCUUCUUCGUCUGGCCGCCUUGCUCAGGGUGCCCAUCCCGGAGAAGGCGACGGUCGAGCAGAUCAAGCAGGCGUGCAGACCAAUGGUGGGCGCUCUGAUGACCAAGACCAGCAACAAGGCUACAUGCAGCACACCCACAACGGCGGUGGCAAAGGAAACCAACCUUGCACCGCCCAUCAAGCCAGGCAAAGAGUGCGAGGCCGAUUCUCCCGCAUCAUCGGCGUACUCCGUGGUGACUUCGUCAAUGGGAGUGAACCGCGACGACCUGGAAAAGAUGAUGUUGCAGCAAGAUCCAAGUCAUGGCUCAUCUGAUGUCUAUGACAAGCCAGCAAGUAGAUCCUCGACCUCUUUGGCACGAUAUGGCGGCGGGAGACGACAAUGGGAGUCAGGUCACAGGGAGAUCAUGGAGGUCAUGCAUCAAGAAUGGAAUGGACGAUUCCAGGACUUCAUGAACGAGACCUUCGUUUCGGCAGUGGACUUUCCCAAGACCUUUGUCACGGAAGUGUACACCACGACCAAGCCCAUCCUUCGAGAAGCAGCUCGGCGUGGACAUCGGGUUGGAUCAGCACUUUCCUUGGAGACUGGAUGGGCUCUGGACCGCCGGGCAGCUCGGAAGCUGAUCGACCAGGAGAAGCCCUACUUCUUGGCCAUUGCCUUUCCUUGUGGACCAUGGAGUCCUUUGAUGAGGUUGAACCCGGCGGCGGACUUGGCACAGAAGCAAGCUGAAGGUUUGGUCCUCAUCAGAUUCGCUAUCCAACUGGCCAAGGACCAACUCCUUGCGGGCAGACACUAUCUCUUGGAGAACCCCCUCACGAGCAAGGCUUGGACUUUGCCUGAGAUGGUCAAGUUCCUGGAGGAGAAGGAGGCCGAGCUUGCGGACUUUCACCAGUGCCGCUUCGGGCUGAAGAAUGACAAGGGCGAGCCCCAUCGCAAGGCGACGCGGGUGGCAACAAGCAGUCCUCAAGUACGGGAACAACUACACGCUCGUCGGUGUCUUCGGGAUCAUCAACAUGCACCCGUUCUUGGAGGAGCUAAGGUGACAGUGCCAGCUGGGCACUAUCCGGCCCCCUUGGCACGCGCCAUGGUGAAGGGCAUGGAGGAGCAGUUUGAGGUGGAUUUCAAGGCCUACCCACAUGAGGCUUUGGCCGUGGACGGUGAAGUUGAGGAGGAAGAACAACCAGAAGUUCCAGCAUUGACCAACUACGGCAGCGACUCAGAGGAGGAAGAGAUCAAGGUGGAGAACCCGAAAGUGCCUGCGGGAAUUGUGCAGGCAGUGCGGCGACUACAUGAGAACACAGGUCACCGCAGCAACCGGAGACUGGCAAGAGCACUGAUCAUCAGUGGUGCUCCUGCGGAAGCUGUCUUGGCGGCGAAGCAUCUGAAGUGCGCGAUCUGUGAUGAGCAGAAACGACCCAAAGUGCAACGCCCCGCUUCCUUGCCAGUUCCCAAGGACAUCAGCGACCAAGUUCACCUCGACAUCUUUGAAGCUGAGGAUGCAUUGGGCCGCCAUCACUACGUGAUCCAUGCGGUGGACUUUGCGUCUAGGUUCCAGAUGGCGGAGGUGAUAGCUCACAAGAGUUCGGAGGCGGUGGUCAAAUGGUUCACUUCGCGGUGGCAGCCGAUCUUUGGACCGCCCCGAGUGAUAGUCGCUGAUCAAGGGCGUGAAUUCGUGAGCUACACGUUUGAGGAGAUGUGCGCCCGGUCUUCAACCCUUUUGUGGCACGCAGCAGUGCAGGCCCCCUGGCAGAAUGGAGUUUGUGAACGAGCUGGAGGAGUACUGAAGGGUCUUCUUCAUGCGCUGGUAAAGGCGCAUUCGAUCGUCAAUGCGGAGGACCUGAACGUGGCUCUUCAAGAGGCAGUUACUGCCUACAACAACGACAUUAAUGAGAUGGGCGUCAGCCCCUGCCAGGCAGCACUUGGGAGGCAGCCACGGAUGAUUGGAGACACACUUGGAGAUUUUGGUCAACGUCUGGCGGAGCACGGAUUGAUCGAUGAUGGCCUCAGGCCUAGCUUGAUGAGACAGAUGGCAUUGAGGGAGACCGCGAAGGUGGCUAUGACGCGGCUUCACUUCAGUAGAGGCCUUCGGCGAGCAGAACUGGCCCGAUCCCGAUCUACUACAACCACGCAUGCGCAAGCUCUCGAGCCCGGCAUGAUCGUCUACUUCUACCGCCAGACCAAGUACAACAACAAGACGUCACCUUCAAAGAAGAGACUGAGUUUGAGGAGGUGGCAUGGACCAGCACUUUUGGUGGCCAAGGAGGGCCACACCAGCGCUUUCGUCAGCUUCAAAGGGCAACUUACAAAGUGCGCGGUGGAGCACUUGCGCCCGGCCACUACCUUGGAGCAGAUCUCGGCUGAGACCUGGAGAGACGCCAUUGAGGAGCCGAGCAACAUGGAGAGCAAUUCGCAGAUGGCCGACCUCAAGCACUACAACCUGAAGCUACGACUAAGCCUAUGGAAAGGGAACCCCAGGAAGGAGUUGGUGAAGUACCGACCGCGAGUUCGGCGACCGGAGCUGGAGAUCUACGGCAUCCCGGUGGCCUUCCUGGACCCUCUGAUGGACCUGCAGGUGAUCUGCCUCCUGUUCUUCAAGGCAGUCGACUCCGAUGACUUCGAGACUGUCGACCCCUUUGGUGGCUUCCAGAAGGACGAGUACGGCAACUGA